AGAGGAAGAACGAAAACAAGAACAAGAGAAAGAACAAGAACUAGAACAAAAGCAACAACAACAACAAAUUAAGCCAUCAGAGACUCUUGUCUUGGAGCCUUUGUCCUCUGGGAUCCAUCUCUUAGGUCUGAGAAACCCAAACAUUGACAGCAUGAGGGCUCAGCUGGGAAGAGACUUGUGGUCAGUGAAAAACUUUGCCUGUUAUUUGACUUUGGACCCCAACACUGCCAACUCGGAGCUCCAUCUGACCGACUGCAACCGGAAGGCGAUUAGAGUGUGGUCAGACCACCGGCCCUUGGGGCAUCCGGAACGGUUUGAGCGCUGCCCUCAGGUCCUGUGCCGGGAGGGGCUGUUGGACUCGGUGUACUGGGAGGUGGAGUGGAGCGGCGGUGCCGACAUCGGCGUCACCUACAACAGCAUCUCCAGAGACAGAGACACAGCGAGCUGCCUGCUGGGACACGCCGAGAAGUCCUGGAGCCUGGAGUGUUCGGAGGGAAGCUAUACGCCGUGCCACCAUAACAAGAGAUUCAGGUCCUCCUCACCCCGACCAUUCACCCACAGAGUCGGGGUUUACCUGAACUGGUCUGGAGGCUCUCUGUCUUUUUACAGCAUCUCUCAGGACACCAUGGUCCACCUUCACACCUUCACCUCUACUUUCACUGAGCCUCUGUACCCGGGUUUCUGGGUCUGGGCUUAUGAUGGCUCUGUGUCACUGAGUCAGGUGGAGUUAGACUGGGAACGACUGCUGCAGUGAACCACUGAGAACAAGUUGAGACCAUAGACUCAUAGACUCAUAGACUCAUAGUUCGGUGAUUUCACCGUCGCCAUCUUGGAUUAUGGUCACAUCACGUCAGAAACCGGUAUGUCUCCCUUAGUGAAACAAAAGUCAUCUGUCGCCGUAAGUUGCAAACAUUAAAAAGAUGCUUUCAGCAAAAGAAUAGACUCUUUAAAUAUCACACACUACAUUACUUUAUCAGUCCAGACUCGGUUCCAGCUGACCCAGACCAGUACAGUCCAACCAGUCCAGACAAAUCAGAUUCAGAGAUUGUGUGUUUCCACCUUUAGCUGAUGUAACACUUGAAGCACAUCUAUAAGACCACCUUAAGAUCCGAACAAGUCAAAGAUACCUGAAACCAAAAGGUUGAACUCCCGAAGGCCUUGCUUUUGCAUCGGCUCACUUCUGAAAAUAUUUUGAAGCCCAGAAUGAAACAUUUACCUGAAACCUUUGUAUUUACUCAAUUGAAUGUAUGCCGUUGUGCGUGUUUGGAUGUGAGUGUAAUGUGUGUGUAUUGUGUGUAUGGCUGACCUGUAGCUGGGUCUCUUGACUCCCUCGGGCCUCCUGCAGCUCUUUCUCCAGCUGCUCCAGACGAGUGACUCGUAUCUACAACACACACACACACACACAUCCACACACACACACACACACACACACACGGUUCAGACACGUCCAGAUGUGCUGUGUUUCCACCAACCAGCUGUCUGUGUUGUCUCUCGUCAACAACAAUUCAACUAUGUAAUUUAAUAAAAACUCAUUUAAAUUAA